AUGUCCACCUUGUGGCAGCAGGAGCACACCCAGUAUUCUCCCAGUGUAGAAAUCGACUCCAGCUCCAUGAGGAGGAAGGCUAGAGUGAGCUCUCAGGCUUGGCUGAAGCAGGAGCGAGAGCCAGAGGUGAUUCAGUGGGAGGCGAUGACGUCUGGGGCUGCAAGUGAUGCUGAGCAAGACAACACUCUGAGCAGUGCCGUCUCUACUGUGACCCCAAUGGAAGGCUUACCUCCCAGUGUCAUGCUGACUAUUACCAAGCUGCAGUGCCUACUGGAGAGUAAGCAAGAGAGGAUCCAGGCCCUGGAGAGACAGGUGGAGGACCUACAGCAGGACCGCAAAUUCCUCCGCACGCAGAUUGAGAAUCUCACCAGCUCUCGUUUUGCCCCCAUGGCUGAAGGUCCUAAACCAAGCAAGUCGAUGUACUCAGAACCUAAACAACGCAAGAGGCAGAGGACUGCAUCCUCCAGCUCCUGCCUCAGCAAUGACAGCGGCUCUGAAGGCUCAGUCUCCACCGCGUCUUCACAAGCAUCCAGUGAAGUGAGGAAAAAGAGACAUCACACAGAGAAGAGGAGAGGACGGAAAGGGAAAGACUAUAGCAGAAAGAGAGCCACUGGAGUACAGUACGUCAUCCAUCGCUACAAGCAGGUACUUUCUGCUUUCAACAAGAAGAAGAGCAUGAGUGGGGCCUUCCGUCACUAUGGCAUCGACCGUAACACCAUUGCCAACACAGCGCCUAUUGCUGAACUCCACCUGGCUGCUAAAGAGAUGGUGCCCCUGGUGGGACUCUUCAGGCCGCGGGAAGAGACACUGGUCAGUUAUGCACAGCGCUGUGCCCUGGCCAUCGAGGGGGAUGAAGGGCUUUCCAAGAAGAUAGAGCAGAUGAAGGCUGCCGGUGAACUGUUGCCAAUAACAGCUAAACGGGCCAGAGUACAUUCUUUAAUGGGCCACUAG